AACGUUUGGUAAGGUGACGUUGUCGGCUGUUACCUUGAUUUGGAAGCUGAGCCCAUUGUUAUGUCGUUCACUGUCAAUGGAGAGAACCAGGGGAUGGCAUAUGAGAUCUCGCGUAGCACACUCGGUGAAAGGGCCCUGUUUCCACACAUUGUGACCAAAAAUUGCACUUUUAAGGUUAACUUUGGUGCUGAAGAUCCAUGGUUUACUCCUUUGACAAGAUAUACUUAUGUAGGCCACAUAUCACUGCAAGAUAGAGUUUUGGGUGGACAAGGACCAGCAACUAGAGAGGAAGCUGAGGUUAUCAUGAUGGUUGGUCUGCCUGCUUCCGGAAAGACUAUAUGGGUGGAGAAGUAUUGCAAGGAAAACCCUGAGAAGAAAUAUUAUGUCCUUGGGACAAACUUUUUAAUUGACAAGAUGAAGGUGAAUGGAUUGCCUCGUAAACGUAAUUAUUCUGGACGAUGGGAUGUGCUAAUUGAACGCUGUACUAAGUGCCUCAACAAGCUGUUGGAAAUGUCGUACAAGCGCAGACGCAACUUCAUUAUUGACCAGACGAAUGUAUACCCGUCGGCUCAGAGGCGUAAAAUGAAGGGUUUUGCUGGCUUCUAUCGUCGGGCAGUGGUAAUUUGCCCUUCAGACGAGAACCUGAAGAAACGAACUGAGAAGAGGGAGAAGGAAGAAGGCAAGGAUGUUCCUGAUAAAGCUGUCCUAGAGAUGAAAGCAAACUUCAAGCUACCGGAGGAGGGGGAACUGUUUGAUGCAGUAGAAUUUGUGGAACUUCAUCGUGAGGAAGCCAAUAAGUUGGUAGCUCAGUACAAUAAAGAAGGGGAAAGUGCUGGUUUUGGUCAGAAGAAAGGCUUUCGAGGAGGAUUCCAUGACAGAAGAGGAGGUUUCAUGGAGAACAGAGGUGGCUAUGGAAAUCGUGGCAGCAGCAAUUUCAGAGGAGGCUGGGACCGUGAUCGCCGUGGAGGAUACACGGACCGCAGAGACAGAGGAGGAUGGAACAGAGAAAGAGACAAUCGUGAUUACAAUCGCAGUUAUGGCAACCGUGGGGGAUACAACAGAGACAACCGAAGUGGUGGUAGAGAAUUAGUACAAAGAGGAUACAGCAAAGAUCGCAGUGGUCGUUCAGCUGGCUAUUACAAUGAUUGGAACAGGAGUUCGAGUUAUGAUAAUAAGACAUCCCCUAGCUCUUCCUCUUCUAACCAGUGGCCCAGCCACCAGGGAAUGCAGAGCAACCAAGGUUAUGGUGGUUACAGUAACUACAGUAACCAGGGAUGGGGGGGAAGUAGCCAGCAAGCGGGAAGUUACAAUACUGGAGGGUACAGUCAGAGCUACAGUGGCAACUGGAAUCAGCAAUACUAUCAGCAACAGUACUGGAACCAGAAUUAUGGAAGCUAUGGAAGUCAGCAGAGCUACGGAUCUGGUCAGCAGUCCUAUGGUAGCCAGUCGGGCACCAGUGGUCCUUCAAACAGCAGUUGGAGCCAACAAGGAAGUGGUAGCUGGGGAUCUACUGGAACAGGAAAUCAAGGAUGGGGAAGUUACGGGUCUAGUUACCAAAGUGGUCCUAGGCGAUAAUUGGCUCCUUAGUCCUGCCAAUCAAAGCAGCAAUUAUCCAAGAGGGGAAUACUGUGCAUAUACUUUAUUCUAGAAUUUUUCUAUAUUCUAAUUCUCUUUUAUAUAAGUUGACAAAUUUUCAUUCUGUUUAUAGUUAUUCUAUAAAUUUAUAAAAGGAUUAUUCUUUAUUAGUAUAUUUUACUAUUUUACAAGUCAUUGAUGUGUAGCAUUUAAAAUUUUCAACGAAUUGGGUAUAUUUAAGUGUAGAUUUUAGUGUGAAUGUUGAGCACCAGAAUGUGAUUUCUGGGAGAGAGAGUUGUUGCUUAAGUCAGAUGCAUUAAUUAUGACAAAAAAAAUUAGUGCGGUACAUUAGAGAGAAGCUUGAAUUAUGUAGAAUAUUGUCUGUAUUGAAUAGAAAUCUUGUAUGUAGGUGAGAUUAAUAGGUUUAUCAUACCCAUUUAUUUUUUCUCAUAUUUCGAUGUUAAUGAUUUCAUAGGUAUGUUGAACCACUUACAAUGUACAAAAUAAUGGAGUAUGCAGUCACAACGUGUAUUCUAUAUCAUACCCAGAGUGUCCUAUACUUAUUGAUUUUUGUUUCUUUGUUUUUUGUAUUUUCACUGUUUGUAAGUUGAGCUUUAAUAAAGAACACAUUCAAAGACAUUGGUAAUAUUA